CAACUUUAUCAUAGUUUAUCAUUAAAUGCCGGAGAAAUGACUGCCGUGAAAUGGGUUAAUCCGAAUCGAUAUAAACAGAACAAGUGUCGGUCCGCUGAAAAAAAAAAAGUAAUCUAUUAUCUUCUCGGUUUAUCUCCAAUUGAAAUAA